AUGACAGGAUUUGUCAGGUCCGCGCUGCAGGGCUUUGAGGCCUCAUCAAGCGAAAGCACGGUGCAGGCGGCGGUCGCGUCCCUAACAGGCAGCGGCAUCGACAGCGUGCUGUCGCUGCUGCGCUGCCGCAAGGAGCAGCUGAGCGCGGCGCACGGCGUGCCGCCGGGCGUCACCGACGCGCUGGCGGCAGCGGCCCUCAGCAGCGCGCCACGCACGGCGCUGGCGGGGUGGGGGGAGCCGGUGGCCAGGGCGCGGGGGACAGUGGUGCACACAAUUCCAGGCGCGGGCGCGGCCACCCUACUGGCCCCCGAGGCAGAGAGGCCGCCUGUGGCACAAGCCCUGAGGGGGCAGCCAACAGAGCCGGCCAACGCCGUGGCAAUAGCGCCUUCGCCAGCGCUCAUGCUGACUGCGGCGGCGGCGUCUGCUGCGGCGGAUGCGCUCGCGCCACCGGCAGCUGUGCGGCUGGGUGCAGCGGCCCCGACUCUGGCAGAGCCCGGCCUCAAAGCGGUUGUUACUCAGACCAUGCAAGCGCUUGGUCAGCCCGGGCUGGCGGCUUUUGUCACCGCGCAGCUGGCGUGGCGCGGCCAGAUCACAACGGUCGCAGCUCUGCGCGGCCGACCGGCCCCUGACAUCGCCGCAGCAACCAGCAUUGGGCAGCUGAUUGUAGAGCGGCUCCAGGCCACCGCCCGGGACCUGGUGGCCGGGGGAUAA